AUGUUACGCCUAUCGUUCUUCAUCCCUUUAAUCGCUUAUUUAUCUAUCGGGUCCAACGCCGUCACCAUUGGACCCGUCACUGACCUUCACAUCGUCAACGCGCAAUUAUCUCCCGACGGGUAUAAACGAAACACCGUCGUCGCUGGUGGUACCUUCCCCGGACCCACAAUUCAGGGAAGAAAGGGCGACAAAUUUCAGAUCAACGUAUUCGAUGACUUGAAGGAUACGUCUAUGUUGACCCCGACCUCUAUCCAUUGGCAUGGAAUCAACCAGCACAAGUCGAACGCUUACGAUGGAGCGGCCUUCGUCACGCAAUGCCCCAUCUUGCCUGGAAACUCGUUCCAGUACGACUUCCAAGUACCAGAUCAGGCUGGAACGUUCUGGUAUCAUAGCCAUUUAGGAGCCCAGUAUUGUGACGGUUUGCGUGGGCCGUUCAUCGUGUAUGAUCCCCAAGACCCAUACGCUCACCUGUACGACGUCGAUGAUGAGAGCACUGUCAUCACGCUCGCUGACUGGUAUCACUACGUCUCCACGGAACCGCCUCGUUUACCCGCCCCAAACUCGACUCUGAUCAAUGGCCUUGGACGUUAUACUGGUGGCCCCAACUCUCCCUUGGCUGUCGUCAACGUACAGCAGAACAAACGAUACCGUUUCCGUAUCAUUGGUCUUUCCUGCGACACGUCUUUCGUUUUCUCAAUCGACCAGCACAGGAUGACUGUCAUAGAAGCUGAUGGUAGCAACGUCGACCCUCUGACUGUGGACUCCAUCACCGUCUACGCUGGCCAACGUUAUUCGGUUAUUGUUAAUGCCAACCAGAAAGUCGAUAACUAUUGGAUGCGCGCACUGCCUGAUCUCAACGACCCAUCGUUCACGAACGGCAAGAACUCUGCCAUUAUGAGGUACAAAGGUGCUCGUAGCGUAGAUCCAACUACCCCUCUCGUCAACAGUACCCUUCCGCUCGUUGAGAGCAACCUUCAUGCACGUGAGAACCCCCAGGCACCUGGCAAGCCCUUCCCUGGAGGAGCUGAUAUCAACUUGAAUAUGGCCGCAGUCUUGGUGGGUCUAGCACUCUCCCUGACUCCAGACUUCAACGCUGGAACUUUCAGCAUCAACGGUGCUACUCCAUAUGAAAGCCCCGAUGUUCCUGUCCUGCUUCAGAUCCUAUCUGGUGCAAAAGCCGCUCAAGAAUUGCUCCCCAAAGGCUCUAUUUUCCCGAUCCAGGCCGGUAAAUCGGUUGAAAUCGUUCUUCCUGGCGUCGCAAAUGCAGGGCCCGACCAUCCUAUUCAUUUGCAUGGCCAUUCCUUCUCCGUCGUUCGGAGUGCCGGUAACAGCACAUACAACUUCGAAAAUCCAGUCAGGAGAGACGUAGUGAUGAUCGGGUCAGACCCGACCGAUCUCGUCACCAUUCGAUUUGAGACCGACAACCCUGGACCUUGGUUCAUUCAUUGCCACAUUGACUGGCAUCUUGGCGCUGGCUUUGCAGCUAUCUUGGCGGAAGAUGUUGAAGACGUCCCAGCUAUUGAACCUACUUCCGAAUCCUGGAAGAAUCUCUGCCCCAUCUACGAGAAAUCGCUUCCCAGCUCCACUCUUCUCUAUCCCACUUGA